CUAAUUUGAAUAUGAAUAUUAGCGGUAGUCCUGACAUCAGAGAAAACUCGAUGGUACUAAAAGGAAUGUCUUCCUCAAUUAUAAGGGACAAAUCUCCUAACAGAGUUAAAAUUGCUGAAUUAGCUGAGAAGCUAAACAGCACCCAUCUCAGCACAAGAGACCAAGAAAAAUUAACUGAAAAAGAAUCUCAAGACAAACUUUCCCAGAUAAAUAAUCAAAUUAAUGAACUAAGCAGAGCUAGCAAUACAGAAAUAGCUAAUAUUAAGGAAGAGGCCAAAAGGAUUGAAGAACUUAUCAGCAUAGAGCAUAAAGAGAAGGAGAUUCUGCAAGAGAAAUACUCAAAGCAGUUCAAAAUAGUCCAAAAUUCCUUAGAAAUCCAGAUCCAAAAUGAGCAAUAUAGCUUAGCACAUAAUACUCCUGAGCCAUCAAGCAAUCAUUCUGAGAAAUUCUACUCCCUUCAGCUAGAUCUAGCUAAAGAGAAAAAGGUGCGUGAAGAGACUAGCGUCAACUUCUUCCAUGAUGUAGAAGACCAGAUCAAUGACCUCAAAUCUGAAAUUGACUAUCUUAACAAAAGUAGGGCAGAAGCAGGAGAGAAAUUAGUCAAAAGACUUGGCCAAGAAAUCAAUGCCUUCCAUCAGCUGCUAGCUGAUGAGAGGAAAUAAAAGGAAAGCUCUUCAUGAAAAGAUUAUAAAUGCAGUAAAGGACAUCCAGAAAAGAGUCUAUAACGAAAUAAACAUUGAGAAAAAUGCCAGAGAAGAAACCCAAGAAUCGCUAGUAAAAAUCCUUGAAGAUACUGUCAUUGGGCAAUUAAUGGAGUAGAGCAGUGGGA